AUGGCACCAAAGUUCAAGAUCGCACUCAUUCAACUAUUCGUGACAGCUUCAAAAGAAGCAAAUAUAGCUAGCGCUUGUCAAAAAGUACUUGAAGCUUCACGUAAUGGUGCCAAAGUCGUUGUUUUACCAGGCAGGUCAAGGUUGAUUGAGGUCUGGAAUUCUCCUUAUGGCACAAAGUACUUUGCAGAAUACGCUGAAAAGGUACCUGGAGGACCAUCAACUCUCGCACUUUCAAGCAUGGCAAAGGACUCGAAUUGCUGGCUAAUCGGAGGCAGCAUACCUGAAAGCUCACAGACCGAAAAGGGAAAAUACUACAAUACAUGUACAGUGUAUUCGCCAAAGGGUGAAUUGGCUGCUAUACAUCGAAAAGUGCACUUGUUUGAUAUCGACGUACCUGGCAAGAUCAAAUUCACAGAGUCAGAUGUCUUGUCGGGUGGGAACUCGUUGACGCAUUUCACCACCGAGUAUGGAAAGAUCGGGGUUGGGAUAUGUUACGAUAUAAGGUUUCCAGAACUUGCCAUGAUUGCCGCACGUAAAGGGUGUGUUGGGAUGGUUUAUCCUGGGGCGUUCAAUACGACUACUGGACCGUUGCAUUGGGAACUAUUAGCUCGCGCACGAGCCAUCGACAACCAAUUCUUUGUCGCAUGCUGCUCACCAGCUCGUGACCCUGAUUUCUCGUAUCAAGCAUGGGGCCAUUCACUCGUCGUUGGUCCAAUGGGCGAUGUGAAAAUCUCUGCCGAUGAAAAGGAAACUAUAAUAUACCAAGAUAUUGAUUUGAGCGAAAUGGAGGAGGCUCGAUCUGCUAUUCCUGUUACGGUGCAAAGGAGAUUCGAUUUAUAUAACGAUGUGUCUGCUACUAUGAGUGAGGCGAAGGAUGGGAGGGUGUUGAAGAAUAAUUUGUAA